AAAACAGACUUCUGCCCGGUGAGAUUGUUAUUUUGCUAGGCCUCGUAUCGUCUGUCUGUCUGUCUGCGUGUCUUUUACGGAAUACGGGCGGGCUUUGAUGCGGAGAAGCAUGGCAUGGCAGGGCAUGGGACGGGCGAUAUGCGCAAGCAAUAUGCAUGGGACCCAACAAGCGCCGAGUUGGGCCAUUCUCUGCCUCGUUGUAUUUCCAUAUCUGGCAGCUGCGGCGGCGAUUUGGAGGGAGAAGAAAUAAAUACGAAGUCCGGAAUGGGUGGGAUAAUAAUGGAGUUGCUCUGCUCUGGCCCAUACAAAAAUGAGAGUGACGGCAGAGUCAAAUACGCAAUGCUACUGGACAAGGUUGGCUUGAAGGUUCAUUCGGCGGCGCACGUAUUGGCUGAAGCUGGGCCUUUUGCUAUUUUUGGAGACGGCCCGUUUGGAGUGUCGGUAUGUACUUUGUACAUACAAGUAGGAUGUAAGCAGCAGCAGGCUUUUACAUGGAUCUCAUCACUCUCACCACUACAACAAAACAGAGUGUCAGCAGGUAUCACUUCUCUCUGCAGUACAUGCCUUGAUCAGCCCAACAACGUCCGUCAGUCACGAUAUGCCAAACCACAUCGUCGAGUGAUCUCUUGGCCCUUUCUUGGCCCGCCUCAAGCCCGCUGCCACGAGAUCUCGCCAGCGUUAGCGCUCCAUGAUUUGCUGCCCUGAUUCCACCCUGGCCCGCCAUCCUCCAAGGGUUCCUGCGCCUCUGGGCUUUUUAGGCUGGAGCUAGAGCAUCCACUGCCUUUUGAGCGUCUGUGCUCAACUACGAACUGUGCUACCAGACAGUCAGUAUUGUGUGAACGCUACAGUACGCGGAACAAGCAAAUGGUGUGUACUUGUUCCAGAGUGCAGAGCAAUGCGUAGCUUCAUGUACCUACCAUACUUAACCUCGUCUGGUACCUCUGGAGACCACGGAAUAGGACAGACGAUCAAGUAUGAGUACUGUAUGGAGUAUGGAGCAAACUGAUUGACUGAUUACGAGUCAAACCAACGCGACAAUGGCCACAAUACACCGCAAAUGAUUCAAUCCCUCAAAAUCACUCUGUAGAUCCAAAUGGGACACACCUGCACCCCAUAUUUGGCAGC